GAGUUAUUGUGGUGGCGCGAAUUAACAAGGAGUUUCAGCUAUAUAGCAGCGCUCAGUAGCUGGUGGACGCUUCUUCGGUAAACGUUUACUAAACUAUUCCGUGUGAAACGCUUAUAACGUUACAUUUUACUUUUUAGUUCAGCACACAGGUCGCGUUCCGGUUAACUUUGACUGUUUGCUUCGUGACGGAAAAGUAUGUCGGACGCUUUGUCUGAUGCCGGCAGCGACGUCAACCAAGAUGAGACUCAGGAGGAUGUUAUGACCCCGGCGGAGCUGAUAGCCAAACUGGAAGAAGCUUGGCUGAAUGAGAAGUUCUCCCCGGAGCUGCUGGAGAACAAAUCGGAGGUGGUGGAGUGUGUGAUGGAGCAGCUGAGCCACAUGGACGCCAACUUGCAGCGGGUGAAGAAAGGCGACGCGAAGGCCAGCAUCCAUCGCAUGGAGAUAGACCGGAUUCGCUUCGUGCUCAGCAGCUACCUGCGCUCUCGUCUGCAGAAGAUUGAGAAGUUCUUCCCGCAUGUCCUGGAGAGAGAAAAGUCUCGAGGGGAGGGAGAUCCGUCGCUGCUCUCACCCGAGGAGUUUGCCUUUGCCAAAGAGUACUAUGCGAACACAGAAACCUACCUGAAGGCUGUAGCGCUGAGGCGCAUGCCGCCCAACCUGCAGACAGUGGAUAUGCUCAAAGCAGUGCCUGAGCCCUGCCUGGACUCGUUUGUGUUUCUACGAGUGAAGGAGAGACAGGAAAACAUCUUGGUCGAGCCUGAAACUGACGAUCAGAGAGAGUACGUUGUAGAUCUGGAAGAGGGCUCUCAACAUCUGAUGCGGUAUCGAACGAUCGCACCGCUUGUUUCCAGCGGAGCCGUGCAGUUGAUCUGAACGUCGAGGUCUGUCUAUUGGUGUGGAUGUGUUUGGCUCCCGGAGGUCAGAAAAAUGAGCAGUGGCCUAUUUUUGUAAUAUGAGGAACAUUAACCUGCAGAGAUUACAUCUGGGAAUGCACCCAUCUUCCUCACUUGUUGUUGGGAUUAAGGACAAACUCGUGGGACGCUAACACGGACGUUUGCGGCUGCAUGUCUUCCAGACAAGUUACUCUGUGGAAAAAUAACCGCAAACAUUACUCAUAUUGUCAGAAGUGUUUGCUGACGAACGAACCCUGUUCACCAAAGCAGCGUUCGCAGUGCUGCUGGGUUAUUUUUGGAUCUUUUUAAUCAUGUCACAACAUAAGUUUGGUUACAUAAUCAUAAUGUAUUCUGGUGUGUUGGUGUCUGUGAGGUUGCUAAAGAAAAGUCUGUCUAAUCUGCUGA